AUGAUGGACUACAAGUCGGUCAGAAGAAAGGGCGAUGAAGAUGCUGCUGUGCGGAUGGAGGAGAUGAUGGCAAGAUGUCGCAAUUUCGUUCGGGCGAAGGCUGAUACCUUUGAAGAGCGAAUGAGAGAAGCACAGCAACGUGAAGAAGAGGCCCAUCGAGCGGAGCGCCUCCGGCGAGAGAGGGAAGAGAGAGAGCGCUUGGCAAAGGAGUGGGCGGAGAUCGAAGCAUGGCAUGCGCCCAUGGAACGCUGGGAGUCAUCUCAGCUGGCUUCGGAGGAUCUUCGGAGCCAGGAGAUCAGCGAGAUGGAAGCGGAGGUACGUGCAGCGUUGCGGACCAGCAAGGGGUCCAGAUCGAGGUCGCGACGCUCGCGACGGAAGCGUCGAAGCAGCUCGCAGUCGUAG